AUGGGAUGUGCUGCACAGCUCUUUUUCUUUUUCCUCUUCAUCUUAGCAGAGUUUUAUCUCCUCACCACCAUGUGCUACGACCGCUACGUUGCCAUCUGCAAACCCCUGCACUAUGGGACCCUCCUGGGCAGCAGAGCUUGUGCCCACAUGGCAGCAGCUGCCUGGGUCACUGGCUUUCUCAAUGCUCUGCUGCACACAGCCAAUACAUUUUCCCUGCCCCUGUGCCAGGGCAAUGCCCUGAGCCAGUUCUUCUGUGAAAUCCCACACAUCCUCAAGCUCUCCUGCUCACAUUCAGGCUACCUCAGGGAAAUUGGGCUCAUUGGGGUUACUGCCAGUUUAUCAUUUAGUUGUUUCAUUUUCAUUGUUUUCUCCUAUGUGCAGAUCUUCAGGGCUGUGCUGAGGAUCCCCUCUGAGGAGGGACGGCACAAAGCCUUUUCCACCUGCCUCCCUCACCUGACCGUGGUCUCCCUGUUUGUCAGUACUGCUACAUUUGCCUACCUGAAGCCUCCCUCCAUCUCCUCCCCAUCCCUGGACCUGAUUGUGUCAGUUCUGUACUCGGUGGUGCCUCCAUCACUGAACCCCCUCAUC